GAACCUUCUUGUUUCAAGUAUACGAAUUACGUGAUGUAAUGAGAGAAAGGGGAAAUAUAGGAUCACCAAUUGUCUUCGCUUCCAUUUAAUGAUAUUCAUCUCUACUGGUUAUUAAAUGUUUUUACUGUGUGGUGUUUUGUCUACCUUGCUGAGAAAAAAAAUAAACAUCUGAUUUGUGGGACUAUUGUUUCUUUAGGUACCAACUUAGCUCUGGAAAACACAUUAUCAAUUGUGAUUCUUGAAGUUAACUCUCGGACAACAGUAAUUAGGAUAAAGGCUCUAUCCUAUACGCCUCUCGGAGAUAAAUAUCGUCAUUGUAAAUCAUUGUCGGAUUUUUUUCUCAUUUUGUGUUACAUUGGCACGUUCUUCACGUACCAUCUAUGCAUUUGAGUGAUCUCAUGAAGUACCGGGAUAAUUAUGAAUUUUGAGUUUUUUGUAUAAUCUAGCUUAUUCCUGCAUCGCACAAGAGCUGAGAAGAUCUUAUUGUCAUCGCCGAUAUAUACACAUUGAGGAAGUCAGGUCACACUGUGGAUGUAAUUAAGUGGAUUAUUAUCGCUGCAUGCUUUUCGGUUUCUUUAUCAUUAAUGAGGUGGUCGCUUGCAGAUUGAAUUAUUUAUAGCCUACUUUUCCAACUCAACAUCUGAUUCAUAGUUGAUUGAUGGUACUUAACAUUUGACAACGAAUCGUAUGCAUUUUUCAAUUGCGACAUAAACAUUUCAUUGCCAGGAGCCACAGUUCAUCACUUCGUAUUAUAUCCGUGAAUAAAGUUCAAAUCAGUCAUGACUUCAGAGAAGCCCGCCGAUGCUCCAGAAAUGGGGGCACCCCCUCCCUACACCCCCGGAGCUGCGGGUCCUCCUCCCACUGGAAUACCAUAUCCCGCUCCACCACCAGGCUUUAAUCCCUCAACCGCCUAUCCACCCCAACCGGGUAUGCCACAACCCGGAGCAAACCCCUACAUGCAACAAACCGUCGUGCCACCAGCACCACAAACCAUUACCGUCACAUCCCACCAAGCACCAAUGGUGGCCAUCGUGAACCAGUGCCCCAACUGCAAAGUCGGCAGCCUCCAAGAGCAGUUCACACCGUUCGGGAUUCUGUGCGCUAUCUUCUUUUUCCCGUUCGGGAUCCUUUGUUGCCUGAUGUCCCGCCAUAAGAUUUGCCCUGUCUGUGGAACCAUCUUUCACGGCCGUUAGCUGGUCUGCCAUAAGAACACUGAAAUAAUUGUAGGGUCGUUUGCUGGGGUUUGCUUUUGAAGAGAGAAAAAAAAGGGAGUUUAGUAUUAUUCCUAAGAAGACGUCAUAGUAAUUAUCUUUGGAUGGAAAAUCGGAUGCUCUGAAUGCUAAUGAAAAAAGACUGGGGAAUUUUUGUUUACAGUUCACCGCUUUAUAUGUUGUCCUCUUCUCCUUGAUGAGAUUUAAUUGGGACCUCACCCCUAUUUAGUGGAACUUUUCAUAAGAUGGCUAUAGGCCCCUAAUCAUGAUAAAGAAACCACACACACACCCACACACACACACAAUUAACUCCGCAGCUGGGAUCUCCCAUUGCGUUGUCGUGAAAUUUAACUUUAUUUAUGCAUAAUUAUAACACACAAAAUAUACCACUUUAUCAACGUUACUAAAGGCAUUACUUUUUCAGUGCCAUGGUACUUGUUAUGGGUGUGCAAAUUGAAUUUAGCAGGAAUUUCUCACAUACGUACAAAAGAAUCGACGUACCGUUACUGAAAAUGGCGAUAUUGUUAACAGAUUGAGGAAAGAAAAAUCCUCAUGUACGUUCAUUUGAAUAGGACUAUCAUAUAUGUCUUUUUAAGAAUGUAUGUCUUGCAUAAUUUAUUGAAAUUAGGUCAUAAUGUUAUGUACUAUUUUUUGUCGGUUGGAAAUUAAUGAAUACUAAUUUGAUAUUGAAUUGAAUAUAUCAUGUUGUUUUAAGAAAGUUUAUGAUGUUAUCUAAAGUCAUUGUUUUUUUAAUAAUCAUAUGUCCAUGCCUGCAAUUAUAUACAGCUGACUGAUAUACGAUUUGUCUCGUACAGAGUGGUUUAUUAUACAUUGCUUUUUAAUAGUUUUUUUUUUGCAUAAUGACUACAUAUGUCCGAUCAACUGAUCAAAAGCAUGAUGACAGUGAUGUAUUUUUAUGAUCAGACUGUCCUGUGUAUCUAGCAGGGGCGUCGGUCCAUGUUUCAGAUGGAAAACAAAAGUGAAAAAAAGUCUACAACUUUCCAAAUCAUAAUCACUAGCGUACCUAAGGGGGGCAGGGGGCAGAGUGCCCCCCCCCCCCCCUGACGAGACACAAGCCAAAAAAAGGAAGCGAAAAAAGGGAAAGAAAAGAGGAAAAAGGAAAGAGAGAAAAAUGGGGAAGGGGAAAGAGUUUAAGGAAAGGGGAAAACAAAGACUGGACUGCAGACUGUCGGAAACAAUUAUAAACUGUCGGGCAAAUGAUUCGGUUUUUUAGUUCCACCAUCUUUGUCGGUAAAUGUCAAUUAAACUGUACACUUUUAUCGGUAAAUUGUGAAUUUUACGCAAUGCGACUUUUAGAGCUCUCUGUACCGAUAGUGAGUACGGACUGGGCUGACCAGGGACAGGAAAAAGUUACAGAAUAACUUUUAGGUAAUGUAAUUAAAACAAUAAAAAUUUCGCUCGCGCUAAGCGCUCGCAUCAAUUUUUUAGUUGGAUACCUAAAAUAAAUGUUUAGUUUUCAGGUUAAAAUAUCAAAAAAAUUCAGCUCGCACUUCGCGCUCGCCUCAAUCGAUUAGUUAGAAACCAAUUUGUUCACGGUUACAAAAAGUGCUUAUAAUAUCUAGUUCUUAGGCCGGAAUAUCAAAAAUUUCAGCUCGCACCUCGUGCUCACAUAUAACUUUUUAGGUAUAUCCAUCCUGUUCAUAGUUAAAUGAAGUGUUUAGAAUGUCCGGUUUUCAGGUCGGAAUAUAAAAAUAAAAAAUAUAUCAUUAGAAACCAAUUUGUUCACGGUUACAAAAAUUACUUAGAAUAUCAAGUUCUUAGGUCGGAAUAUCAAAAAUUUCAGCUUGAGCUUCGCACACGCAAAAAAUUCCAUCCUGUUCAUAAUUAAAUGAAGUGCUCAGAAUGUAAAGUUUUCAGGUCGAAAUCUCAAAAAAUUUCAGCUCGCGCUUCGCGCUCACACCAAUUAAUUGUUUUAACUACCAUCUUGUUCAUAAAUAAAAUAAAAAAAUAAAAAAAGGUGCUUAGAAUGUCCACUUUUCAGGGGGGAAUAUCUCAAAUUUUCAGCUCGCUCUUCGCGCUCGCAUCAAUUCAUUAUUCAGUUAGAAACCAAUUUGUUCAUGGUUACUAAAAGUGCUUAGAAUAUCAAGUUCUUAAGUAGGAAUAUCAAAAGUUUUAGCUCGCGCUUCGCGCCCGCACGACUGUUUAGAUACCCAUCCUGUAAAACUGCUUAGAAUGUCUAGUGUCCAGUUAGGAAUAUCAAAUUUUUAGCUCGCGCUUCGCGCUUGCAUAAUUUAUUAAGGAAGAUACCCAUCGUAUUAACAAUUAAGUGCACAAAAUGUAUCGUUUUAGGUCUAAAUUUUUAGAAAAAUCGCGCUCGCAAUUAUCAUUUUUAUAUUAUUAUUUUUAACUGAUUUCAAUGUCAAAUACCUUUUUUAUAACGUCUCCAAAUCAGCAGAAUUGGGAACAUAAUGUAAACACCUUCAAAGAGGAAUAAAAGAAGUAUGUUAAUAUAAACAUUGCAAUUACCACUUGAUUAGAAAUAUAUCGAUCACGAUCCAAUACAUGUACAUUCCAUUUCUGGAAUGAUAUACAAAAAAAAAAUAAUUUCGACUAUAAAGUGCAAUCGCCCGAUUGCAAAUAUCAGUAGUAGCAAGAUCCCAACUGUUUUAUUGGGCACCCCUGGGUAACCUUUCCCACCUUCAGUGCCACUGCCAGACCUACACAUCCAAACGUGUAUGGGGGGUGGGCUGCAAAAUGCAGGGCAACGAGGACUGCGAGGUGCCCAAAUAUCCUCGUGUAUUGGUAAUUUUAUGACCGAAUGUAUAAUUUCCGAACGUUUCACAUAAUGUAAAAAGACUAAAUAAUAAUUGAAAAAAAUGUUCGCUAGCUCGAAAAUUAAAAACUGUGAAGUUGAUAUUUGGGCAAUUAUUAUCAGCCCCCCUUGAAAAAAUUGUGCCUAUAUAUGUCCAUGCCUACAACCCCCCCCCCCCUUGCUCAUUCUUGUCGCUUGCCCCCCCCCCCCCCCUGACGAAAUAUGCCAGGUACGCCACUAAUCAUAAUGUUUAUGGUAUCCCGGCAUCUUACAUGCAUGUAUAUUUCUUUCAAGUUGUCAAAAUUAAUUGGGGUUCACUCCCCCUCCCCAGGAUCGACGCAUCUGAUAUCUAGUAAGAUAUUGGCCUGCAGUGCUCUGUUUAAUCUAUACAUGCAUGAUAUCCUUAUUUCGAUAGUUACUGUUUUAACAGUAACUAAACAGGUAUCAAAUUUGAUAUCGUGCUAAAAGCAACAGUCCCAAUGAUAUAGAUGUACUCUUUAAUUUCCGUUUCGAUGCUAGUCGGUGACAGUGAUCAAGUAUAAAUACUAAUCAUAGGCCUAUCACUGAAAUAAUUAAUCGGUCAUGUCAUAUGAUGAAUUUAAAAAAUCUCUGUACAUAUAGAAGACUAAUAAAUGAAGUCACUGUAGUUGGUCAAGAAACAAUCUUAUAGAAGACGCAUGAACUCGACUUUACAGGCCUAUCAUAUUUUAGAAAUGCUACAUUCAUAUUAUCUUAAAAUGAUAUAUUGAGAAUUGUGAGAAUGUAGUGUAUAUACAAUUUCUGUAUAUAGGUUAAGGAAAACCAUUUCAAUAAUUUAAUCUCACAUAAAAAUUGUUGAUAGCUUAAGGAUAGUCUAUAACGAUUGUGACGGAAACUUAAAAAAGACAAAUUGAAUUGUAUGAGUUUCUUAUUUUUAAAUCUCGUUUGGUGGUGAUUGUAUGGAAAAUAAAUCAUGUAUAACAAUGAGCUGUCAAUUCUAUAAAAAGACGAA